GUCGCUGUUCUCGAUAAGGGUGGUCGGUAAAAUCGUGGUAGGCACCCUGCGAAGAAAAAUUCGACAAAAUGCAUAGCAGAGCGCGGUGAAAUUUUUCCAAGGACAAUGCCAGACGUAGAACGCUAGAAAGGGACAGAACUAGAUAGGUAAUUGGAGAAAGAGGGAUAGAAAGAGAAGCGAGAAAGGUGGGCUGUCCCGAGGCUGGUGGCCAUGAGACGGUAGUAGAUUAGGUAGACGAGGUGGUUCCUGGCUGGGAUGUCAGGGAUCAGAGGCGCGAUAGGCGGACGUAUAACGGAAGAUCUAUAGGUCUGACCAACGGCGUAACGGCGAGCAGCGCGGGACAACCCCGAGCAAGAGUGGAACCGCGCGGAAAGCGAUCCAAUGGAAUCGCAUGGGCGCGUUGAUUGGCGGGGUUCCUCCAAUGACGGGAUGGUUAGGGUGCCGGGUUUGGCUCGGAGGUCGGUUAGAUAGCCCCGCAAACCCCUCUAGAGGAAGGCGAGUGGGAGCCCUUCUCUCACACGCAAAAGGGGACAUCUCAUCACGACUCUUGGUAGCAGGCACUUCUCCGUAGUGGGCACUCCACUCAUCGUGUCGUCGUACGGGUUCUCCGCGAGAGGCUGUGGGGCCCGAGCCCGGACGAACGAACGAACGAACGAACGACCGAACGACCGAACGAACGACCGAACGACCGAACGACCGAACGACCGAACGACCGAACGACCGAACGACCGAACUACGAACGAACGAACGAACGAACAAACGAACGAACGAACAAACGAACGAACGAAAGAACGAACGAACGAACGAAGGAAGAAAGGAAGGAAGGAAGGAAGGAAGGAACGAACGAACGAGCGAACGAGCGAGCGAGCGAGCGAGCGAGCGCGACCGGCCGAGCCGCUGCGCUGGUCGAGUGGGUCUAAGCGGCCGUGAGGACCUCUCCAGGAGUACCCGACAGUCCUCUUCAUUCAUUCAUCCAUCCAUCCAUCCAUCCAUCUAUCCAGCCAGCGAGCCAGCCAAGCCAGCCAGCCAGCCAGCCAGCCAGCCAGCCAGCCAGCUAGCGAACCAGCCAGCAAGCCAUCCAUCCAUAGACGCUCUCUCCUCUCCUACGGAGAGAGAGUGUAUCCUCGACGAAGGUGGAGGCGAACUGUAGAGUGGUACAUCUACCAUCGUCUCUCUAUCGGCAGAGUCCAAGGACUCGAAGACCCCCCGGGUGAUUUCAGUCGGCCGCCGGCCGGCUCUGGCCGGCCACUCUCCUCCUCGACCACGUGUGCGUGUCAUUCUUCCGUUCUCGUCUUUCGUUCCGUAUCGUUUCGCAUCGCAUCGCAUCGCAUCGCGUCGCGUCGCGUCGCGUCGCGUCGUGCCGUGCCGUGCCGUGCCUUCGUCGCUCGUGCCCUCGCUCUACGAAUCGUGUUGUGCCUCUAGGAUCUCCUUCGUCCUGCGAAAGACGUUCGAUCAGGUCGUGUGCGAGCGCGAAAAGAAGCGGACGGUCGGUCGUUGGUGACCUUGGCAAACCUGCGAUCGUUGGUCGACGUUGGUUCGCGCUCGACGAUCGGUGCUACGCAGCGGUGGAUCCACAACUCGCGUAGUUGCACGGCGUGUUCGACCUCGUUCCUGUUUCCGGAUAUCGUCCGACCUGGUGAAUGCGACACGAACAGAGGAAUGCGGCGAAUGACGCGGUGUCGCCGCUGGACGCGUCCAGCCGCAACCAGCCUUCCUCGCGUCGAUACAAUGGACGCGUUCCGCGUAUCACCGCACCGAGUCGGUUGAUCUAUCGAUGAAAAAGAAAUUGCGAAUGUACGUGGUUCGGUUACCUGGACGAUGAGUCGAUCCAACGUCUCGCAGCGAUCGUGCCAAGGAUCGUUAAACAGUGUGCGAUUAUUUAUCGUCGCCCGAUGAAUGGAACCAAGUGCGGCGGUGAAUCGUUCGAAACUGUGCCAAGAGUGACGCGCGGUUCUUCUUCUCUCCUCGUUUAAACAGACGAUAUCUGCACCGAGCAUCUGAAAAGGUACAUCGUCGAUUUUACGUUUCGUCGUUCGACGAAACGCAACGAGUCGAAAGGAAGAAUUUUGUAAGAGAAGCGGUAGAGCGCGCGAAAACAAGAGGAAUCGGAAGAAUCGGAAGAAUCGGAGACAUCUGUAGAAAUCGUAGCGGUGGAAGAAAAAAGUGGCCGAGCGACGCGGUUUAGUCGCUGCGAAGCUUCGGCGAUCGAAAUUGUCGGUUGAACGCGCGCUAGGCGGUUGAAGUGAUGUCGGUAUCCAGCGGCUAGCGCCGGCCUCAGGAUUCCGCGAAGCGCGAGCUUCAAGUACCUCGAGGGCGCGGGCCUCGUCGAGAUGAGCGGUGGCAGCGGCGGGAACAGCGCCGGCAACCAGGGGAACGGCAAUGCCACCAGCUAUCACCAGCAUCAGCAACAACAACAGCAGCAACAACAACAACAGCAACAGCAGCAGCAGCAACAGCAACAAACCCAGCUGGAGCAAGCUAGCUUGCUGACAGAUCUGAACGGUAUCGACCUGGCGAUGAGCCUGUCGCCCAAACAGCAUUCGUCCCACGUACAAGCCGCUGGUGGCGCUCAUACCACUCCGUUCAGCGUCACUGACAUUCUCUCACCCAUCGAUAACGAGUCGUUCAGGAAGCUGGAGCAGGUGAUCGGCGUCGGCGUGGUCACGCAUUCUCAGGUAUCGCCUUACGGAAACGCGUGCGGCGCCCGUGUCGGCGGCAAUACCGGUAGCUCGAGCGCGAGCAGCGGCAGUCCACCGCUUCACGGAGGCUCGACGCCCGGUGGCGGCACACCCGGACCGGUUUCCGGUCCGAACGACGCCGCCGGAGGAGGCAGCGGCGCUGCCGGUGCCGGGUCAGGCAUGACCGCCAUGGGCAAUCCUUACGCGACCAUGCAACUCACCUCGCAGUAUCAGUACUGCGCCGCGGAAUUAUCGUAUCAUCAUGCGGGGCCAGCGGUCGCCGGAGGCGCGACCGCCACCGACCCCAUGAGAUCCCAUCAUCCGUGGUACGCGCCUACACCGUCGGCCACCAACGAUCCCCGCUUUGCCAUUUCGCGGCUGAUGGGCGCCGCGGCGGCGGGCGCCGGGACCAACAUGGCCGGCUGCCCUGUGGGCCAGUCAAUGGGCGACGUGACCAAGUCGUCGGGUAUGGGAGUGGGCGUCGGCGUCGGCGUCGGUGUCGGCAUGGGCGUCGGCGCCAUGCAAUUCCCCCACCUUCCCCAAAGACGAAAGCGUCGCGUUCUGUUCACUCAGCAGCAGGUUCACGAGCUCGAGAGGCGGUUCAAGCAGCAGAAAUACCUGAGCGCGCCCGAACGGGAACACCUAGCCGCCCUAAUUCACCUUACGCCCACUCAGGUGAAAAUAUGGUUUCAAAAUCACCGAUACAAGUGCAAGAGGCAAGCGAAGGAGAAGGCGAUGGCCGAACAGAAUGCUCAAAAUCAGAGCGCUAGUUCGCCGCGACGAGUGGCUGUGCCGGUGCUCGUGAAGGACGGGAAGCCAUGCGGAAGCGGUGGCGGAGGCGGAAACGAGGGCAGCCGCGGUGGACCAAGCGCGGCCUUGGCGAGUCCAGCCCCUCACAUGACCGCGGCGUCGAGCCCUCACGGUUCCCAUCACGCGGCCUCCUCGGUGCCUCAUCACUCGGUGGUCGGUGUGAACCACGUGAUAACGUCCAGCCAGAGUCUUCAGCAUUGCUCGUACCCGAGAACUGGUACCCAGCAGAGCAUGCAGCAGCAACAGCAACCGCAGUGCGGUGCGUACCUGCCAUUCCAAGGACGGGCUUGGUAGUACAUGCCAUCCGCGGCGGGGGCUAAUCCCUCCGUCGCAGGUCCAGCUGCCUGGUAUCCUAUGGAAGACAGCCCCUAGAAAGAGUCCUGUGUCGCGUACUCCGAUCUGUGUGAGUCGUUUCUAGAACAGCUUACCUGGCCUGGAUCAUUGGAAUCGAACGACGAGACUGAUCUAGGGGAGACUGUCUUUCCUUGGUGACGAAUACUCAUCGCAGACACUGGAAAAAGACUCGGUGAAAUUGGUUUAUCGAGACGAAUACGUCUGCUUGUUAGGAGACGCAGACACGUUUACCGAUUUGUCCAACGGACAAAGAUGGACUGGUCGUUCGAGAGACAUGUAAGACGAGAAAAUACUGCGUGAACCGCAGGACGGUUAUAAUUGGAGUCAGUGAUCAACGUGAGUGUCCCUCUCUUGUAUAGGGUCUGAAAUGUGCGAAUCGCUUAAGUAUCGGUUGCACGUCUGGAUCAAUGGAGGCUUUGAAGAAGUUGGAUCUCGAUGGAUCUGAAAAAUUUGGAAAUACGAAUAAGUUUCUUAGAUACAAAGUACUUAUGUCGGUUUUCUCAUUCGUUUUGACAAUUAUUAUAGAGACAACAGUUUUGUUUCCCGUUGAGUUCGAACAUCUGUCUUACGGAAACGGUCCUUCCAAAUUCGAAGAACAUCCAAAUUUCGAGGCGUAUUCGAUUUGAUUCCACGUUGCAAAAGAAAUUUGAUACAGAAACGAGCGUGAAACUUGCGAGAACCUUACUUGUUUAUCGGGAAAUGAAAUCUUGACAACGAGUACCGUUGGAAAACGCGUUAGACUACUUGCUAUUCCAUCAUCUACUUGUUCUCACAGGCUAACCACGUAUAAGACAAAGACUAGGAGUAAUCAGAAUGAUAAUUCGAUGUUGAGGAUGUCGGUGCUAAUCUGAACUUAACUUCGACCUUUUUUGCAGCGAUGAAAUCCCUGCGAAUAAAUAAAAAUCUUAUUCUACGUUCAUCAAUUCAUAUAAAAUAAUAGCUUUAACUUAAAGAGAAUUUCUAUUUUAAACGUCAAUUGAAUUCCAAUUACACGAAGGCUAACAUCCUUAACAAAAUUAUUUUCUAAAUUAAGAAUACCGAGGGUUCCAGAGUCGCUCGAAUGGACGAAACAGAGAAAUGAAUUUUAAUACCAGAAAGUUUGUUAACAAAUUUGCUUUUAUGUACGACCAAAGAGGCAACGUCGGUGGAUGUGCGAGCGAAACGUCGAAGCAGAUUGCAGAAGCGCGGAUAAUCUGGCCAGUACACUCGAAACGCGUCGAUUCCAAUUGCGAGAAACCGUACACCGGUUGUGUGCAUUGCGUGUGUCAUCGGAGACGCACUCUCGCAACACUGUUGCGUUGCAACAACACGUAUCUAUCAUCGAGGAGGAUUCGGAUUUCCGGUGGAUGGGAACUGCUCGAUGUGGACCAGUUACGAACGGUCGAACGUUGGCUUGAAAUUUUCAAUUAUUCCGGUUAUUUUAUUCUAAUGGGCCAGAGAGAAAAUCACUUUGUGCAAAAAUAUAUCCAAAUUAAUUUGUGCAUCUUCUCGUAAACAAGAAAAGAUAAAGUACAUUAUGUGGCAAAUUUUUUGUUACGUGAAGAUUUGAAAUGGACGGAAUAGAAAUUUUCGGCAAAUUUGGACGCGAUUAUAAAUUAACUUCGAACAAUUAUAAUUCGAGGGAAGGAAGCCAGUGAAUCAUAUUAGGAAUCGGUGACUGCUUAACGAGAUACUAUGAAUUUCUGAUAGGUCGAGUAUCUUCCACGACGAAUUAUAGAAUUGAGCCAUUCGAUCGACACUAGGUUCUAGGAUACAUUGGUUACCAAUAAAUCUGGGAACCUAAGAGCAAGGAAUCAUCCAUUUGGAAUACGCGACAAUGAGCCUGAAAGCUGAAAUAAACUUGAAAGCAACAAAUAGAAACAAAAUUGUAUAUACAUUUGUACAAUUUAGCAGGGUUUCUUUCGUAUUUUAUCAAUUACGUAUCUAUCUUGAAUAAUUUAUAAAUGCUCUCUCUCAAAUAAUUUGAUUCAUGAUCAAAAUUAACGAUUCGAAUCACCUAUUGCGCUCGAACGAAUCUAAAAUUUUCACAAACGUGAAAAUCCAAGCUACAGAAACUACAAGUUUUACAGAUUUAUAAAUUUGUUGCCAUCGAGUUUCGAAUAUCCUAAGGAACUUGUCGAAAACCUUACUUCGUCGUACAUCCUAAUUGCAGAACAAGGAACAAUUUAUAGCCAGAAAACGACGACAAAGAAUACUUAUUAUCUGAAUCUAACGACAAGCCACGAACUCGUUCUCUUACAAUCCUUCGCGUAAAUACAUCUAGCCGCGAUUUUCUUUGAAAUGUGAACCACGAUUUCCUGGAUUCUAUGAGCGAAUGACUCAGUGGAACAGAAUCUAUUCGUGGUGAAAAGGAUGAGCGGUAAAAGAUCGACCAAUCGGCUGCCAGUCGGAGGUACAUCCGCGAAUCACGUAGUGAAAUAGUAUUCUUUCAAUUUUCACGAUUCCGAGCGGCAGAGUCGAAAAAGACGGAGGUGAAAGAGCACGAGCAUGACUUACAUUAGAGUCGUAAGAGUCGAAACAGAUUAAUCGACCAAGCGCGUGGUUUGUUCAAUUGAACGACUCGGAUCCAACGUUUCCUUUCUUUCUCUUCGCAUGGAAACGAUGAAACCGUGUCGCGAGCGUGUUUCAGGCGGAUACGUCGAGCUGGAGACACGCGUGUACAUAGUUAGAGAUGUAUAUUACGGCGUAUUUCUCGCAUCCGUCGCGAAAUUGUGACGCGGUUUGCUUGUGCAGAAGAGAGAAUCGAUUUUCCACGGUCGACAACGACGAUGAAGACGAAAACAAAACGUGCCGAAUGUAAAAAGAAGAGCGAGAGCGAGAGAGAGAGAGAGAGAGAGAGAGAGCGCGAGAGA